AUGUUACUGAAAAUAGCUGAACCACUUGCCGAUGAAACAACGAGCAAGAGAAUUCUAAAGGAAGUAAUAAAGGCAGAUACCAAUCUGAUAUCCGGUAUAAAAGCAUGCACUAAGCAAAUCACAGCCAUUGAAUCCAAUAAGUCCAUUUUUGUCAUAAAUGGCACUACUCAGCCUGCUGAUCUGGUAAUGCACCUUCCUGCACUAUGUGAAGAGCAUUCUAUCCCGUAUAUAUUCGUAGAAGACAGCAAAUGG